AUGUUUCAACCAAAUCCAGAAGAUCGUCUUCAUCUUCGAAUGCACCGCGCCCGUUCGGUCAUUCUUACAACCCAAGAGCUAGUAGAGAUCCGAGCUGCUCAGAGAACCUUUGAGGGGGCUUAUAUGCGGACUGCUCUCUCGCAGUUCAGUUUUGCUCUGAUCAUACUCAAGAUUUUCACCUCAGAAUUCUACGCCAUAGGCGCUCUCUUCGCCGUUUAUGGUGCGGCAGUCUUACUAUGCUCCAUAUAUCGUCGGUAUCAGGGUAACACGCAGUUUUUCACCUCGACCGACAACGACGGCGAGAUGAAAAAUAAGUUCCGCACCAGCGGUAACAGCGUCCUGCUUCUCACCGCUCUAAGUAUCGGAGCUUACGUUGGUCUAAUGGUUCUAACUUGGCAACUGGAAGCGUGA